AUGGAUUUUCAGAGGAUUCAAGUAACACCAUGGGAAUAUGUUUUAUCUUCUCAAGAGAAUCAUAUUCGUUGGUCUCAGACUCCAGAUUCUCACAUUUUCUCUGUUGAUCUUCCUGGUUUAAGGAAAGAAGAGAUAAAAGUGGAGAUAGAAGAUUCCAUAUACUUAAUCAUACGCACGGAGACCACGGAUAGAUCACCGGACCCACCGGUAAGGAGUUUUAAGAGGAAAUUCCGGUUACCAGAAUCGAUAGAUAUAACCGGAAUAUCAGCUGGUUAUGAAGACGGUGUGUUGACUGUGAUUGUACCAAAGGUGGUUCUGAGAAGGAGGAGUUUCUUCAUUGAUCCUUCUGAUGUUCCUGAAAGUCUUCAAGUUCUUGCAAGAGCUGCUUAA